AUGUUAGCUAAAUGCAAACCUAAACAAGAAGCAAAUAGAGCUAUACUUUCCGGAAAAGGCCCAGAGAUGACACUCAUAACACUAGAAAAAAAAGAAAAAAUACCAAAUCAUGAUGAAGCUGCAAAACCAAACUCUCACAGUGCUUCAAAUGGCGAAUUGAUAAAAGCUAAAAAGAAGAAAAAUGAUAGUUGGAGAGAAAAAAAC